AUGAAGGCUUUAUGUGAUAGAUUUGUACCUCCACAUUGUUCUUCAUCAAGCAAGAGUGAAACGCAUGAUAAAUCCCCAACAUCUCUAGUUUCAGAUUCAGAACCUAGGGAUAAUAAGUCCAAGUUUACCUUAUGGUCAAACGUGUUUGCGCCUUCUUCCUCAGUUUCUCAACCAUAUAGGGAGUCUUCAACUUCGGGGCAUAAGCAAGUUUGCGCCACUCGUAAUGGUUGGACAGCACUGGUAAAGAAAGCGUUAAUGGCGAGUGGCGCAAUCAGGAGAUUUCAGGAUCGUGUUCUGGGGCCCAAUAGGACUGGUCUUCCGAGCACUACAAGUGACGUAUGGCUCUUGGGUGUCUGUUAUAAAAUAUCUGAGGAUGAAGCCUCAGGGGAAACAGAUGCUGGCAGUGUAUUGGCUGCCUUUAAACAAGAUUUUUCAUCCAAAAUUCUGAUAACAUAUCGUAAAGGAUUUCAACCCAUUGGAGACACAUCAUAUACUAGCGAUGUAAACUGGGGUUGCAUGCUUCGGAGCAGCCAGAUGCUUUUUGCUCAGGCAUUGCUUUUCCAUAGGCUGGGGAGGUCUUGGAGGAUCAAGAAGUCCGAGCUGCUUGAAGAGGAGUACUUAGAGACCUUGCAACCUUUUGGUGAUUCCGAGGCUUCAGCUUUCUCCCUCCACAAUCUUAUACUAGCUGGAGAGUCCUAUGGUCUCGCUGCUGGGUCAUGGGUAGGACCAUAUGCCAUUUGUCGAUCGUGGGAAUCAUUAGCGUGCAAGAAGAGAAAACAAACUGAUUCUAAUCACCAAACGCUUCCCAUGGCUGUUCAUAUCGUUUCUGGCAGCGAAGAUGGAGAGAGAGGUGGGGCUCCAAUUCUCUGUAUAGAAGAUGCCACCAAAUCUUGUCUAGAAUUCUCAAAAGGAAAGGCUGAGUGGACACCGAUUCUCCUUUUGGUCCCACUGGUUCUCGGGCUUGACAGAGUUAACCCCAGAUACAUUCCAUCUCUCAUAGCUACGUUCGCUUUCCCUCAGAGCCUGGGGAUUUUGGGUGGCAAACCAGGUGCCUCAACUUACAUAGUUGGUGUUCAAGAAGACAAAGGUUUCUACCUUGAUCCGCAUGAUGUCCAACAGGUGGUCACAGUGAACAAGGAAACUCCAGAUGUUGACACAUCCUCCUAUCAUUGCAAUGUCCUUCGUUACGUUCCUCUGGAAUCACUUGACCCAUCUCUAGCUCUCGGUUUCUAUUGCCGCGACAAAGAUGAUUUCGACGACUUCUGUCACCGAGCAUUGAAACUAACCGAGGAAUCAAACGGUGCUCCAUUGUUCACAGUGACUCAAACCCACAGCGCGAUUAACCACAACAAUUGCGGGUAUGUGGACAACACCGAGGACGAACGCGAAGAUGAGUGGCAAUUGCUCUGA